AUGCAAGUUCCUCAGAAUUUAAAGGAAACACAGAAGUUGGUAGGCAGAAUAACAGCCCUGUCAAGGUUCAUUUCCAGAUCUGCAGACCGGGUUGCUCCUUUCUUCAAAGUACUCAGGAAGGUCUCCAAGUUUCAGUGGAACGUGGAAUGUACCCAAGCUUUUGAGGAACUGAAGAAGUAUUUGGAGGCUCUGCUGUCCUUAUUCAAGCCGAUCGUUGGAGAACCACUAUGGGUUUACUUGUUUGCUACCCCUGAGGUCGUGGGGGCUAUGCUUGUUAAAGAACAGGAUAAUGUACAACGACCAGUGGACACUAACAACGAUGCAGAGUAUGAGGCUUUGCUGGCAGGGUUGCAGGCAGCUCGACAUGUAGGGGCUGCCCGGGUCAUCAUUUACUCAGAUUCUCAGUUAGUAACCUAG